AGCUUGAUGCUGAUUAUGUUUCUGAUACUGAGAACUUAGUUGAUCUUUUACAAUUUGAUAGUGAAAAUUUAGAGAUCGAAGAAAUGUUGGAUGUUAAUACAUUUUUGGAUGAAAAAACAAAUGAAAUGAUUUCUAAUAAUUUGGAGCCUAAAGAUGAUGAAUACAAUUAUGAUAUUGAUGAAAUUAUUAAUGCAUCUAUGA